AGGUGAAAAGCUAAAUCAAAAAAACUUUCCAUAAAAACUUCGAAAAAUCCAUUGCCUUGUCGCCUCCUGUUCGCAGAAAAGUCCACAAAGCAGUAACGACCCCACUAUAACCCCAGAAAACACCAUGUCCGCAACCGCUGUCGUCCAACCGCAGGAAGUCCCUCAGGGCCACGUCCCCGAGGCGGCGCCUCCCCCUCCUGCCCCCGUCCCUGCAUACAAUCCUCCUCCCCCGCAGAUGCCGUCCCCAUCUGCUUCUCUUUACGUUGGUGAAUUGGACCCCACCGUCACGGAGGCGAUGUUGUUCGAGAUCUUUAAUAUGAUUGGGCCCGUCGCGAGCAUUCGCGUCUGCCGUGAUGCGGUGACCCGUCGUUCGCUCGGUUACGCAUACGUCAACUACCUCAACGCCGCCGAUGGUGAGCGUGCCCUGGAGCAGUUGAACUACUCCUUGAUCAAGGGCCGCGCAUGCCGUAUUAUGUGGUCUCAGCGUGACCCUGCUCUGCGCAAGACUGGCCAGGGCAACAUCUUCAUCAAGAACCUCGACGAGCAGAUCGAUAACAAGGCCCUUCAUGAUACCUUCGCUGCCUUUGGUAACGUGCUGUCCUGCAAGGUUGCCACCGAUGAGCACGGUCGUUCCAAGGGUUACGGCUUCGUACACUACGAGACCGCCGAAGCUGCCGAAACCGCUAUCAAGGCGGUCAACGGUAUGCUGUUGAACGACAAGAAGGUCUACGUCGGCCACCACAUUUCGAAGAAGGAGCGCCAGUCUAAGCUCGAGGAGAUGAAGUCCCAAUUCACCAACGUCUAUGUCAAGAAUAUUGACCCCGAGGUGACCGAGGAAGAGUUCAGGGACCUCUUCAGUCAGUUCGGGAAUGUCACCUCUGCUGUUGUCCAGAGGGAUGACGAGGGGAGGAGUCGCGGGUUCGGAUUCGUCAACUUCGAGAACCACGAGGAGGCUCAGACGGCCCGAGCACCGGGCAGGAAGCUCUUCGUUACUCGUGCUCAAAAGAAGGCCGAGCGUGAGGAGGAGUUGCGGAGGUCUUACGAACAGGCGAAGAUGGAGAAGAUGAGCAAGUACCAGGGUGUCAACCUUUACAUCAAAAACCUCGAGGAUGACAUCGACGACGAACGUCUCCGGGCAGAGUUCGAGCCUUUCGGUGCGAUCACCAGCGCCAAGGUCAUGCGCGACGAAAAGGGCACCUCGAAGGGCUUCGGUUUCGUUUGCUUUUCCUCCCCUGACGAGGCCACGAAGGCUGUCGCCGAGAUGAACAACAAGAUGAUCGGCACGAAGCCCUUUACUCAAAUCGCUCAGCGCAACCAGAUCAGGAUGCAGCAGGCCGCUGCCAGCGGUAUGGGUGGCUACAUCAACGGCCCGAUGUACUACCCUCCGGGCCCUGGCUUCCCUCCUCAGGGUGGUCGUGGCAUGAUGGGCUAUGGCCAGCCGGGUAUGAUGCCUCCUCGCCCGCGCUACCCUCCUAACGGUCAAGUUCCGGGCAUGCCCAUGCCUGGUCCUUACGGUCAAGGUCCCCCUAGUCCCUACACUGGCAUGCCUGGCUAUCCUCGUGGCGCUCCUCGCCCUGGCCUCCCGGUCCCAACGGUGUGCCCCGCGUCCUGCUGGCCGCCGGGUGCGCCCGCUGCCCGCCCUCCUGCCGCACCGCCGGCUGCCGCGGUGCCGGGUGAGACCCCUGCGCUCACUGCUGCUGCUCUCGCUGCCGUUACUCCCAUGGAAGCCAAGCAGAUACUCGGCGAGCACAUCUACAUGAACAUUGCUCCGUACAUCACGGGCAUGCUUUUGGAGAUGGACAACGCUGAGCUGCUCCAUCUCCUCGAGAACAGCGAUUCGAUGAACUGAAGGUACAGGAGGCUCUGGCUGUCCUGCACGAGUUCACGAAGGAGGACGCCAAGUAAGGAUGUCGUACGUUAAGUGUGUACUGCGCGGGAGUGUCGUAUGUUGCGCUGUUGUGUUGUCGUCGUCGUGUUGUGUGUUGUGUUGUUGCUGCGUUCGUCGUCGAGUCGUCGUCCGAUUCCUCCUUGCUCUGUCGCCCAUGUCCUUUAGCUAGCGGGUCUGUGGUGGUCGUUCCUUUGUGUGUACUUAUAUCUCAGGAACAGGAGAGUCGACUUGCUGCAUA